UCUCAGAAGAAGCUCCGGGUUGUUAUUUAAAGCCACGUGGGCAUUUAACAUACCAAUGAAGAUAUACUCGGAUCUAUCAUCAUCUACUAUCGAUCACCUCUUUUCCGCUCCUUAUAAAUACGGACAUGAAAUCCGUAGAUUUUCAUACUCCUUACAGGAUACGACGUGGGGGGCCAACUUGGUAAAAUUAGUAUCACAUUGAUAUUAGAGAAUUUCAAUACCUUUCUAUGGCGUGUCGGUUUCCUCCGAAUUGCUGCUAUUGAAAGGAGCGGGUGAUUUGAUUGUAAUUUUCCGAGGCUGUAUACUGUCAUUACAACAAAGACAUUGGCUAUUCAGCUCUGAUCAGCGCUGCAAUACGGAUCGUUAGGCAACAACCGAUAUGGUUGAAUAUAAUGUCAAGAAAUAUGCGUCUCAAAUCAAGGAUCACUAUCUACUAUCUUUGGUGGGUAGACUAGGAUUGAAUCUCAUGGCCACGCAAAAUCCAGAAGCGCUGGGCCCACGGAUCGAUAUACAGCUAUCGUUUGAUAGAUCGACGCAUUCUUAUUCACAAUCCGAGCCACCGCAAAUUCGACUAAAGGUCACCUCGCGAGCGGAACAUGCGAUUACUUUUUUCACCUGGCGUGAACCGCUAGAUCCGAAGGGUGCCCUCACCAACAAUGGAUACAUGAUAACUGACUUAACUACUGGCCAAGAAGUAAAAACCACGGGCGGCAUACAAAUUAAUAGGGCGCCGCUGCGACGUGUCAGAGGUGAUUACGAUGAAAGAUUCUUCCUCACAUUGGAACCUGAUACCCCUGUGGAAUUAUCAACAUGGUUCGGCCGUGGAAAUACAAAACCUGACCUUCGAGCUAUCGUAGAACGCGGCCGAGAACGAGAUGAACACGGUAACGAGUUGACGGCCCGGCGGUCUACCCAAGCUACGGGGGUAGAUGGCCUAGAACCAGGUCAUCAAUACUCUGUCACUUUAAACAUGGAGGGUUUGAGAAGUUGCUUAUGGGCUCCUGUUUCUAAGGAUGAGAUAUUAGUAGAUCAUAGAGGAGAGGGUUCGCAGGUUUACGAUUACGCAUGGAAUAGGGAAAUGUCUCCAGACUUCCAUGUGAAUAGUGCACUACUAAAUGUCUUGGAAUAGAGGUGACGAGUUUUGAAAAUGAAGCUUGAAAAUAAAUAUCCUGGUUAAGAAUGAAGGA